GUUUUUCUUGUUAUCAGAAAUUAUUAGACUGAUGAGUUUUUCUUCGUUUUGGCAAUUUUUUUUUGAUUGAUUAUAGUGCAACUAGGAAAUGGUAAAGAUACAGGAGAUGAAUAUGGGCAGCAGCAGCGGUAGUGAAGAAAAUUCUGUGCGUUCUUCUUCUACUGCUGUUGCUCUAGAGUCGGAAAUCAGUAGCGACCUAGAAGAAGUGUAUCAUGAUUCUCUCAUAUCAUUUCAAACUGCUGCUCCUUAUUGUAAGGCAAUCACAAAGAACAAUCUUUUGGUGGCUCAGAGGGAAGAAUUGAGAAGGGUAAUGGAUUUUCUGAUUUUGAACGAACAUCACGCACGGACUUUACUUAUUCAUCACUGUUGGGACAUUGAUAAGUUAUUAAAUACCCUUGUAGAUAAAGGAAAGAAUAAGUUGUUUUCUGAAGCAGGUAUUUUCGUUGUUGGAAGUAGAAAUAUUAGUAGCUUGGUGUCUUCACCUACAGUGACAUGCAAUAUUUGCAUGGAGGACUGCUCUAUCAAUGAGGUUACAAUGAUGGAUUGCGGCCAUAGCUUUUGCAAUAAAUGUUGGACGCAGCAUUUUACUUUAAAGAUAACUGAAGGGCAAAGUAGGCGCAUUAGGUGCAUGGCUCAUGGGUGUGAUACUAUAUGUGAUGAGGCUAUUAUCAGAAAUCUAGUCGGUGCAAAAAAUUUAGAUCUGGCGGAGCGCUUUGAGAAGUUCCUUUUGGAAUCAUAUAUCGAAGAUAAUAAACGGGUUAAGUGGUGCCCCAGUGUUCCCCAUUGUGGAAAUGCAAUACGCGUUGGAGCAGAUGAAUAUUGUGAGGUGGAAUGUCUAUGCGGCCUACAGUUCUGUUUCCGUUGCUCAAUGGAAGUGCACUCGCCUUGCUCAUGUCUUAUGUGGAAACUCUGGACCCAGAAGUGUCAGGAUGAGUCAAAGACAAUUAGCUGGAUAUCUUCGAACACAAUGCCUUGCCCCAAGUGCCACCGAGCUAUUGCAAGGGAUGGCGGGUGCGAUCUAAUGCGGUGUAUUUGUGGACAGACAUUUUGCUGGCUGUGUGGCGAAGCUACAGGGUUUGCUCAUACUUGGUACAAUAUUGAUGGCCAUAAAUGUGCAGGAAAAGAAAAGAUUGCACCCCAUGUGAUGAAGGACCUAAGUCGGUACAUGCAUCACUAUGACCAUUACAUGGCUCAUAAAAGAUCUUACACGCUCGAGGUGAAACUUGAGGAAGCAUUACAGAUGAAGGUACUGAUUUUGGAAAGAAAUGCAUCAACACGCCAAGAUUUUAGUUGGGCAAUAAAUGGUCUCCGCAUGCUCCUAUUAUCAAGGCGAUUUCUUGCCUAUUCAUAUCCGUUUGCAUAUUACAUGUUUGGUGAUAGCCUCUUCAAGGAUGAGAUGACAAAUGCCGAAAAGGCACAGAAACAAAACAUAUUGGAAGUUCAGCAGCGGAGGCUCCAAGGAAAUGUAGACAUUCUUUCAAACCUUAUACAGGAGCAAUUUCAAUCGUACUCCACAGAGAAACUCAUCUUUACUAGGAUGAAUGUAAUAAAGCUCUCAGAGCUUAUUGAUGCACAGUGCAAGCAAAUGCAUCAGUUGAUUGAGAGCGACUUUCUGGGCUCCUUGAAAAUGGAGAUCCACAAUAUUGCUCCCUACAACUCUAAAGGUGUUGAACGUGCUGUAGAACUUUCUCUAUGGGAUUCUGUAACUACUGAUAGCGCUCCACCCUUGAACAUCACUAUAGGUGAUUCAGAUAGUUUAAAAGAAAGAGUAGAUAAUGAAUUGGAGAGACGACGUGUGGAGGUUCAAAAUCAUCAGCGACAACCUCCCCCUGUGCCUGCGGCUUUAGGGAGAAAGCGGAUUUCUAGUAAACGACUUCUCAAGAAACUUCUAAAGAUUCCUUCUUCAGUCUCAACAUGCAUGCUAGGCAAGGAAAAAAAGUAACAACCCAACAGCAGAAAAAAUGUACAGUUCUAAUUUUAAGUUAACAAGGAAAUUGAACCAGUUCCUAUCUUAUACUCCAUAGACAACAAUAUCCUGAUAUUUCCAGUAGACUGAAGUUUUUGAAAGAAUCCAAGAUUAAGAAAGAAUAAGGGAGUUUGGAGGGUUCUACUUAUCUAUCUUUUGGUCUCUAUUUUCUUUCAGUCACACGUUACAUCUUGUACAGACAAAAACUGAACAUAUUUUAUGUCUCUUAUCUAAAGACUUCAGUAACACUUUCUGAAUUCUGAUUGAGA